GCAUAACAUGUUGAAUGGAUCUUGGAGUAAACGACUGCCAGUUUCAGUGGCCGUGAUUGUGAUCGUCGUAAGCGUUCGGCGAAAUUUACUAUUUGUCGCCGGUUUUACGAGUUAUAGCGCCCCGUAUGUUGUGCACUGUCCGAAGGCUGUGUGCGUUUUUGCCUCCAAAGGUAUUGGCUUAUUAUCCGUACCGAAUGUGCGAACACUGGACCGCUCCUUUGUUGCAGUGGCCGCAACGAAGAACUAGUCUCGUAUGAAUCUCUUACUAUUGAGCUUCGAGUGCAUCGGUUCCGUGAGUACAUCUCCGGCGUGGCUUUAGUUUCGCUUAGGGCCCCGAACUGUACUCGUCGGUAUGCACCCUGCGCCUGAAUUGUAGUGGGACCAGCGUGAGUGCUUGUUCGCUUUUGGCGGGAGUUCGCUACCUCAUCAACUCGCAGCUAUGGGCACGUCGUCCGAAGACGUCCUUCUCAUGGUCAGCAACGUGCGCUACAAGAAGAAUAACGGGACCCUCUAUUUGAUGGCAGAGCGCAUUGCGUGGAUGUUGGAAGGCAAGGAUUCGUUUUCCGUGAGCCACAAGUAUGCGGACAUCAAAAUGCAAAAGAUAUCCCCCGAUGGCAAGGCCAAAGUGCAGCUUCAAGUUGUUCUGCAUGGCGCGGAGGGCUCUGCAACCACUUUUCAUUUCGUCAAUCCCCUGGGCACCCAGGCUCAACUGGAAGACAGGAACAGCGUGAAGGAGCUGCUGCAGCAGCUACUGCCAAAGUUCAAGAGGACCUUAAAUUCUGACCUCGAAGAAAAAAACAGGAUUCUUCAGGAAGACCCACGCCUGUUCGAGCUGUACAGGAAUUUGGUUGUCAGCCGUGUCAUCACCCCAGAAGAGUUUUGGGCCAACCAUGCUCCUAAGAAGACUGGAAGCACUCAGGCGUCCCCUUCGGCUCAGCCUGUCGGAGUUUCGGCAGCAUUCUUGGUUGAUGUGCAGCCGCAGACAGAUGGUACAGAAGGCCUCAAGUACAACCUCACAGCUGACAUCAUCGACUCCAUAUUUAGGACAUAUCCCGCUGUGAAGCGGAAACACCUGGAAAAUGUUCCAGAGCGCAUGACCGAAUCGGAAUUUUGGACGCGCUUCUUCCAGUCCCAUUACUUUCACCGAGACAGGCUUCACACGAGCACACGAGACCUGUUCUCUGACUGCGCUCGCAGCGACGAUAAAGAUAUACAGGAGGCUAUCUCGAAAGGAUUCCGGGAUCCCUUCGUUGACAUCUCAUCUUUCCAAGACAUAGAAUCAUUUAAUGAACGGGACCUGCCAGGGUCAGUGGCAUCUGCUGGGAGCGUUGCGAAUCACUCUAUGAUUCGUAGAUUCAACCAUCAUUCAAUGAUGGUCCUGCGAGCCUGUGGUAAUGACAAGGACGCCCCUAUGGAGCUUUCGUCCCAAGAAGAAGAUCCUCUUGCUAUCAAACAUGCCAGAGUGUGGGAAAAGACACAGCUGGAGGACUUAUUGGGCAACAAUGGGAGUUGCAGCGGAUUCCCGGUGCGACUGGGCCAGGGCGAGCGACACCAGCGGGGACCUACGGCGGGCGACAAUUCGACAACGCCUGAGGAUCGCGUGGCACCCAGCGUCCUUCAACGAGAGCUGUCGAACUGGACGCCCUCGGGACAAGGAAUAUUGCCUGCCUCGGCGGCCCUGUCAGUCCUGGGUGAAUUAUCUCCCGGUGGUGCUCUUAUGAAGAACGCACAGCAGGUGCCCCUCAAAGACACAGUGAGCUUGGACGUUCAGCGAGAUCUUCGCAGCAUUUACACAGCCCAGUUCGAGCUUCUGCGGCACUUCUGGACGUGCUUCCCCAGCACCAGUGCACAGCUUGAAGAAAAGGCAAUUAAUAUGAGGUCCACCCUGGAACGCUUCCAGUAUGCUCAACUUCAACCAUUCCGAGACAAGCUGCUUCGUGAGCAUCACACUCCUGAUUUGGCGAGCCACCUGGACGACCUUCUACAGGCAGCCUACACGAAGUUUAGCAGCUGGCAGUCUCGGCGCUUGUCGCUUGGGCGCAGGUGACCGAGAGCACAGCCAUGGGACGUUGUAUAAAGAGCGCAAAAUAAAAAAAAAACAAGCCAGGAA